AUAAACGCAUUGAAGAGAAUUCGUUCACUUGGGCCGAGCUCGCGCUCGCUAUAACACUAAACAUUUUUAGUAUUAAUUAAUUUAAUUGAAUUUUAUUUUUGAAUUACAAUUAAAAACAUUAGUGAAUAUAAAAAUGUAUAAGUUAGCAGUGCGAGCGAGGUACGCAGUACCAAAACUGCAAAAUUUGCGGUGUUUUAGUGCGGCGCGUCCGGACGAACCAUUAUUCCCUAAAAAGGAGGAUUUUCCCAAUAGGCAUAUUGGCCCAAGGGACAGAGACAUCGUUACCAUGUUGGAUUUACUUGGAUAUAAAAGUUUAGACGAGUUGACUGAAAAAGCUGUACCGAAGCGUAUUGCGUUGAACAAGCCCUUAGAAAUUGAAGAAUCCACGAGCGAAUAUGAAUUAAUCAAACAAAUUCAGAAGAUUGCUGAACGCAAUGAAAUCUGGCGUUCUUACAUUGGAAUGGGUUACCAUAACUGUUGUGUACCACAUACAAUUAUGCGUAAUAUUUUCGAGAACCCUGGUUGGACCACACAAUAUACUCCAUAUCAACCGGAAAUAGCUCAAGGUCGUCUUGAGAGUCUCCUGAACUAUCAAACAAUGGUGGCGGAACUUACUGGUUUAGAAGUAGCAAAUGCUUCUCUGUUGGAUGAAGGAACCGCAGCCGCAGAAGCUCUGUCACUUUGCUUCCGACAGAAUAAACGCCGCAAAAUGUUACUGUCACAUAAACUGCAUCCGCAGACUAUUUCGGUGGUUGAAACAAGAUUAAAUUCAUUAGGACUUACCUUCGAAAUAGUCGAUGUGAUGGAAGCUGACUUUUCUAACCAUGAUGUUACUGGAGUGUUAUUCCAAUACCCUGAUACAGAAGGCAAUGUUUUGGACUUCAGUCAAGUAGCUGAAAAUGCCCAUGCUAAUGGUACCCUUGUCUGUUGUGCUACGGAUUUAUUAAGUUUAUGUUUACUAAGACCACCUUCUGAAUUUGGAGCGGAUAUUGCAAUUGGAACUUCUCAGAGAUUUGGUGUACCUUUGGGAUAUGGUGGACCACACGCUGGAUUUUUUGCUUGUCAUCAAUCUUUGGUUAGAUUAAUGCCUGGAAGGAUGAUUGGUGUGACAAGGGACGCUGCUGGUAGGGAUGCAUAUAGGUUAGCUCUGCAAACUAGAGAACAACAUAUUCGCAGAGAUAAAGCUACCAGUAAUAUUUGCACAGCCCAAGCUCUGUUGGCAAAUAUGUCUGCUAUGUUUGCUGUUUACCACGGACCUCAAGGAUUAAAGGAUAUCGCCAACAAAGUUCACAAUCUAACGCUCGUAUUGAAACAUGGUCUUGAAAUGGACGGAAAUAAACUUACCAAUGAAUACUUCUUUGAUACUUUGAAAAUAGUUCCAUCUAUUGGUGUAGAUGAGGUUAGGACCAGAGCAAAUGAAAAGAAAAUUAAUUUGAGAUAUUUUGAUGAUAACGAAACUGUUGGAGUAGCUUUGGAUGAAACAACAACUGUUGAGGAUAUAGAUGAUCUUUUCUAUGUGUUUGGGUCAUCUCAAAAGAGUGAUGUAAUUUCUACACAGCCUGAUAAAGUUCGAACCGGUUCAAUUUUAAGAUCUGAGUUUAAACGUACCAGUUCAUUCUUGACACAUCCAGUUUUCAACUCACAUCAUUCUGAGUCUAGACUAGUGAGGUAUAUGAAAGUUUUGGAGAACAAAGACAUCUCCCUGGUUCAUUCUAUGAUUCCUCUGGGGUCUUGUACAAUGAAGCUCAAUUCAACUACUGAGAUGAUGCCGUGUAGUUUUAAGCAUUUCACAGAGAUACAUCCAUUCGUACCUGUUGAUCAAGCAAGAGGAUAUCAGCAAUUGUUUGAUGAAUUAGAGAAAGAUUUAUGUGCAAUUACAGGAUACGAUAAGAUCAGUUUUCAACCAAAUAGUGGAGCCCAAGGUGAAUAUGCAGGUUUACGAGCAAUUCAGUGUUAUCAUGAAGCUAAAGGUGAUAAACAUAGAGAUGUUUGUUUGAUUCCUCUGAGUGCUCAUGGUACUAAUCCCGCAAGUGCACAAAUGGCUGGUAUGAGGGUAGAACCCGUGAUAAGAUCUGAUGGUUCUAUUGAUAUGGAUGAUCUUAAAACCAAAGCGGAAAAGUUUAAGAAUCGUUUGUCUUGUUUGAUGAUUACAUAUCCAUCAACAAAUGGUGUUUUUGAAGAGACUGUAGCUGAUGUGUGUGAUAUCAUCCAUAAAAAUGGUGGACAAGUAUAUUUAGAUGGUGCUAACAUGAACGCGCAGGUUGGUCUUUGCAGACCUGGUGAUUAUGGAUCUGAUGUUUCUCAUUUAAAUCUUCACAAAACAUUCUGUAUUCCACAUGGUGGAGGAGGUCCUGGUAUGGGUCCAAUUGGAGUUAAAUCUCAUCUAGCACCAUUUUUACCUGGACAUCCAGUUGUUAACCCUCUUGGAGCUAAUUCCACAUCCUAUGGUGUUGUAUCCGCUGCUCCGUAUGGAUCAUCCGCUAUCUUACCUAUUUCCUGGGCUUAUAUCAAAAUGAUGGGUGGUAAAGGUCUUCGUAAAGCCACUCAAGUAGCCAUAUUGAAUGCCAACUACAUGUCAAAGCGUUUAGAAAAACACUACCCUACUUUAUUCAAAUCACCACAAUCUCAGUUGGUUGCUCAUGAGUUCAUCAUCGAUAUCAGACAGUUUAAGAAAACAGCAAAUAUUGAAGCAGUUGAUAUCGCAAAGAGGCUGAUGGAUUAUGGAUUCCACGCUCCAACUAUGUCCUUCCCUGUAGCUGGUACGCUUAUGAUAGAACCAACAGAAUCAGAAGAUAAACAAGAACUCGACAAGUUUUGCGAUGCUCUCGUAUUGAUCCGUAAAGAAAUUCGAGAGAUUGAAGACGGCACGAUGGAUAUCAGAGUAAAUCCGUUAAAAAUGGCACCACACUCACAAGAACAAGUGGUCAGUAGCAGCUGGGAGAGGCCAUAUACAAGAGAACAAGCUGCAUUCCCAGCCGAUUUUGUUACUCCUGAUAGUAAAAUAUGGCCGACUGUUUCCAGAAUUGAUGAUAUUUACGGGGACAAACAUUUGGUUUGUACCUGUCCACCUAUUUUACCUGAAUAUGUUGUUUAAAACAAUUUUUGUCCAAAAAACUUUUAAAAAAACUUAAAAAAUUUAAAAAAAUUCCAUUGUUGGUUGCCUAUAUUAAAUUACUGCUGCUAUAAAUAAAAGACGUUAAAUUAUU